AUGACAAAAUCCUUGCCAGUCUUUAAUGAACGAAAUGUCGAACCGUUGCCAUCAUCACAUGAAAGAACAUUGGUUGAAUUAGUACAAAAGAAGAUUCUGGAAAGUGUGAUCAAAAAGGUCAUCAAAUAUGUACAGCGUCCAAGUAAUGAAAUAUUUUAUGGAAUGUUAACUGUUCGCCAAGUUGUAUUAUUGUUCUUGUAUUAUAUUACAUAUGGUGACUCGUUCAUCAAAAUGGAAAUACAAUUUCAUAUCCCUCAUUCAAAUAUCAGUAGAGCAAUCACUAUCUUGCGUUCUAUCCUGUAUACCAAUAUCAAGAAUGAAAUUAAAUUUUUUCCUUUAGCAAUCAGAAAAAGAGCAAUCCGAAGAAGAACGAGAGCCAAAUGGCUUCACAAAUGUACUGUUGCACUUGACUCUAUUGACAUACCAAAAGCUGUAACAGAAAUCAUGAAACUCAAAAAUUUGAACAAGCGGAAAGAGAAAAAUACAGAGCGAGGUGAAUUGUGGAGGUCACAUAAAUUGAAAAAUCACCAUCAUGCCCUACGGUACCAUUUUGCGUGCGACUUCCUUUAUCGCAUUGGAUAUGUUUCCAAGUAUCGGCCUCCCACAGAGUACGAUGGUCAUGGAAUUAUUAGAGACAAAACUCGAUUUGAAAAUUCUUUGGAAGAGGGUGAUGUUGUGAUGGCAGAUGAUCAUUAUAGGACAGUCAAACGAAAAAUCAAAAAGGUUGGAUGGGUAUGUCCUAAGCGUGAAACUCAAAAGGACUGGAACCCUGAUACAGAUGUUAAGAAGAAUAAGCAACAAAGGGCUACAAGAAAGCUUGUGGAAACGGAACUUUCUCAAAUAGCGAACAACUUUCGUGUCCUAGCAAUACCAUGGAAAGGUAGUGUGAUACAUCACCAAAAGAUGGUGUGGAUCAUUGCAGCCAUCCACAACCUCAUUGUAGAUACACAAUACCCCAACUUGGUAGAAUAA